AUGAACCAGGCUCCACAAGAUGGCUACAACCAAGACCCGUUGCCCUUUGAGGACUGGGUGACGCAUGUGAACACCGCAAAGAGGAAGAUACGCAGCGAGUUGUCUUUGGAAGACUGGCAGAAAUACGGCUUCGGCCGGCGCCGCGCUCACGAGUUCGAGGCCUUGGCCUUCGCGGCGGACACGGCGGUGCCGCGGGAGAAGCAUGGGGAACUCAGCGUAGAGGAGUUUUGGGAGAAGUACGAGAAACCAGGCAGGCCUUGUCUUAUCUAUGGAGUGCCACAGGAGGAAGGUUGGGCCUGUGAGAGAUGGAGAUGGGAUGACUUCUUCAAGAGGUUUGGUCAGUCACACUUCAAAGUUGGGAAGGACGACCAUGGCCAAACUGUGCGCCUCAGAGCUGACUACUUCGAGCAGUACACCAGGACGCAGCAAGAUGACAGCCCUGUCUACUUGUUCGACAACCACUUCAGACACGAAAAAAAAGCCAUUCUACAGGAUUACCACGUCCCGUCCUACUUCCCGGACGACUACAUGUCAUUCUGUGAAGAUGAUCGACCCCCCUAUCGCUGGGUGGGUGUGGGACCACGACGCAGCGGCACCAUCAUGCACCAGGAUCCUCUCUGCACCAGUGCCUGGAACACGCUCCUGCUGGGUCGCAAGCUCUGGUUGCUGCUGGCACCGGACGCCCCAAAGAGAGUUGCCAAGGGGAAAGAUGUGAUGCAGCCGGAGGAUGACGACGAAGCGUGUAAUCACUUCCUGGACCUCUUGCCACGCAAACGCGCCAGGCAGGAUCCAGAUUUUCAGCCGAUCCUUUGUGUACAGCAUCCCGGCGAGACCAUCUUUGUACCAGGCAACUGGUGGCAUUGCGUGGUGAAUUUGGACGACACCAUUGCCGUGACGCAGAACUACGUGGGGCGCCACAACUUUCCGCAGGUCUGGCGCAGCUGCCGAGUGGAGAGGCCCUGUUGGUCUCAUCGCUGGCUGCGGUGCAUGGAAGCCAAAUGCCCAGACCUAGCUGCCUGGGCCAAGCGCUUGAACGUGGAGGACGGAUUCGACAUGAAUGAGCUUCGCCAGAAAAAUCGGAUGCGAUUGUUGCAGCACCGCCGGCGGCGAGCCUUGAAUGCCUUGAAGCGGGCCAAGCAGCGCAGUGCUGCCAAAGGGCUGGAGCUGGACGAACAGGCUUUCCUGGUGCAGUGGCAAGAUUCCCAGGAGGCGAUCAAUUCGGAUUCCACGGCCAGCACCACGAGCUCCGAUUCCAGUGAUCUGGCAACCGGACAGGGACCCUGGAUGGUGCUGAGUGCCGCCGCCGUGACGUUUCACAGCCGGCAGGUGCUGAGUAGACCGGGUGCGACUCUGUGUGUCACAGCAUGCAAUCCGUCAUGCUGUGCCAACUGCAUCAAUCUCCAGAUGGGGAGGGAGGAAGCAGACGGCGACAACAAGGGCAAUGCCUUUGCAAACGCUUCUGCAGUGUUGUCGUCGGAGGGCCAGGAAUUCGCCGCGCAUUUCAACUUGGAAAAAGAGUUGGCAAAUGAGGUGGAAUUGUGGCGUUCCAGCUCUGUACUGCCAUCAGAGGCUGCUCGAGCUCGAGAUCAGUCAAGUCCAGCACGAGGAAGACCCGACUUUCGCAGCGAUGGCUUGGCGGGCGCCAUGAGGAAACUCCAGGGUGAGGAAACCCCGUUUGACUUCGUUUCCAGGUCACUAUCGCCACCUGCCAGAAGUCAAGUGAGUCUACAGCACAGACCGAGCCUCACUCCAAGGGACCUGACCGGCGCGUCGCUGUCGCCGCCCUUGUCCAUGUUCUCGCCGGAUCCGCAGAAGGCUGAUGUCAACGAGCCAGUGGAGCAUCCACCACCAAGUCGACAAACUGAUCGGCCAUCAGGAAGUGGGUUUUCCGAUAGGGACCAGCAGCUGGAGGAGACCAUUCCAGUCGGUGUACCUUCAGAAACACAAGGCUAUGAUCAAGAGAAGGCAGUCUCCACUGCAACGGCCACUUCAGAUGGCGACAUGCAGUGGCAGGAGAGGCCCCUGGUCAUUGACAGACAGGCUCUCUCGGACGUGAGUUCAGAAGACUCCACUUUUGUGGGCUUCAUUGAGGACACCACCGGAGCCGACACCUUUGUGGCCGGGUCAGAGUACCGCAUCCAUUUCCAUCCGACGGAUGGUGAAGCGGGAGUCCGUGCACGGCUAAAUCAGCAGGCUGUUGGACUUGGAGGGGACCAGGCCCUUCCUGACGCUGUGAGCUUCGCUAGCGAGGUCUCAGGAGUGCAGCCCGAUCGAAUGCAUUUCUGA